AUGAAUAAAACCCAACCUAAAACCAUAAAUAUACUGGAAAAGAAGGAGGUUGACGUAAUCAAUUUAAUUUCCGAUGAUGAUGAUGAUGAUGACGAUGAUGAUGAUGACGAUGAUGAUGACAACGUGGAUAUGCAACAAUGUGAUCACGAAAAGGACAGAAAACAAGGCCAAGAACAACAAGAAGAAGAUGAUGGUGAUGAUGAAGAGACGGUUUUUUUUCAAAGUCGUGUGUUUCCUACCGUGAUCUUCAUGGAAAACCAUUUUCCAUCCAUUAAAGAGACUGUUGCUACCAUGAGAAAUCAAGCCGAGAAGAAAAACCAACAAUCUACAGGCUUUCAAGCAAGAAAUGAGAUUGUGAGUUCUACUGUCACGUCAAAAAGAAGAGAUAAUGAUUUAGAUGUAGCUACUCAAGAGACAUUGACGGUAUGUGGAUCAGUGGAGGUGAAAACAAGAGAGUCAAGACCAAUUGAAAUGGUAGAAAGUGACAAGAAUCAAAAAGUAGCAGCAAUGACAGGGACAAAGCAUGAAACGAGUCAUGUUGUAACGACGAAUGGUGUAAAAACAACGUCGGAUGUUGUUGCGACUUGUGCACGGACGGAAGAGAAGGAGGUGGAACAAGAUGAAGUCAAACAAGAGAAUAAUUUGCUUUUCCAGUCGCGUGUGUUUGAGUUGGUUGAGUUUCAAGCGUCGGAUUUUGUCACGAUUUUUGAUGGCUUGGCAGUGGCUAGACGAAGUCACCCGCCAGCUCCGAAAACAAUGGCGGCUACUAAUGGAGCAUCAUCAAUGUCAGUGAGACCAACUGGAGGAAUUGAGGUUAGGGAUGAUGAUGCAGAGGAGGUGGCAGGUCCAACGAAAGAAACGACGGUCGCAUCAUCGAUAACUGCAGCUACAGCCACUAGCACACCUACGAAUACGACUUCUGUCGCAACUCAUACAGUUUCAUUGCCGUCGAAGUCUGCAGCUCCGCAGGUACCGGCUUUGACGAAAGAUGCAGCAAUACCUGCAACAUCGUCGUCAAUGCCUGCGGUCAAAGCACCAGUAACAUUGUCGCCAAUGCCUGCAAAUGUAACACCUGCAACAUCGUCGUCAAUGUCUGCAAUUACAACACCUGCAACAUCGUCGCCAGUGUCUGCAGUUACAACAUCUGCAACGUUGUCGUCGAUGUCUGCAGUUACAACAGCUGCAACAAUCACAACAUCUGCAUCAUCGUCGUCGAUGUCUGCAAUAGCAGCAUCUGCAACAUCGUCGUCACUGCCUGCAAUUACAACACCUGCAACGUCGUCGCCACUGCCUGCAAUUACAACACCUGCAACAUCGUCGUCAAUGUCUGGAAUUACAACACCUGCAACAUCAUCGUCAAUGUCUGCAAUCAAAGCUCCUGUAACAUCGUCGUCAGUGUCUGCAGUCAAAGCACCAGUAACAUCGUCGUCAAUGUCGGCAAUUACAACACCUGCGAAUUCGUCGUCACUGCCUGCAAUUACAACACCUGCAUCAUCGGCGUCAAUGUCUGCAAUUACAACACCUGCAUCAUCGGCGCUUGCGGCUUCAAGUGCGAGUGUACCUCACUCGGAAUCAAAAGCGUCUGUGGCGUCAGCAGCACUGCCACCCACACCAGCAAAGCUGCCACCUUUGGUUGUGAAAGCGCCUUCCAAGGUAUUGGCGGGUUUACCUGCUAAAGUGAUGUCGUUACCAAGUCAAGCGAGCUCAGUAUCAAGUUUAACAGUGCAAUGCAAAGAGUCGGCAACAGACGCUUCACCGAAACCUGCUGCCGCAGAGAAAAAUUCUUCGGCAUCCACAUCUUUGGCUACAAAGGCAACAACGACAAGUGGAACAAUGUCAAAAAUGGCAGAUUCUGUUACAAUUACGCCACAGUCUACUAUUGCCGCACACCCAGCUGGUACAAAAGCAUCUUGUGGGCCGAUGGUACAUUCUGAUCGGGCUCAAGCAAAUGACAAUGCUUAUUUACUAUUGCCCAGAAAGAAGCAGUAUGGAGAAGUUCGACGGUCAGAUGAGGUACAGUGGCAUCAAAAGUCGUCGCCUUCUAGAAUAAAUGCUUCCUUCGAUGCUGAUGGGAUGUUUUUCGUCAGAGCCAACGCACCGCAUCUAAUGACUCCUGUGGAGCCGCCUGUCUUGGGAUACUGCAGCCCCGAAUUCUUGGAAUUUAUGCGCGAGUGUGGUGAUAACGACGAGGAGGAAGACGAUGGUCUUGAUGAAGUAAGCCGGUCCCAGCUGAAAUUGCUGGAUGUAGUGGAUCUCGCGAGUUUGAGUGAUUUGGAGGAUAGUGACGCAAGUUCUUCUAUAUCAACUCCAUGCGUCACAGAGGCUAAGGGGGAACUGCAGCAACAGAUUUUACCGGCUAACGAGCAAGCUCACAAAGCAGGCGGAUCUACGUCUUACGCAACUGGAAAUGUGUCUGGAAAUGGAACUGGUUAUGUUUUGACGCUUCAUGGUGAGCGUAAACGUACACAUCCACCGAAGGUAAUGUGUGAGCUGUGUGAGGAAAAGGGCAUUCCUUCUAGACUAAUUCGCUGCCCCACUUGCACGAAAUACUACCACAAGAAGUGUGCGAGGGAGAAUGGUGACGAGAAUGUCUGCUGGAACUGCGAGCUUGGCUCGAUGAUUGAUGACAGUGAGCUGGACAAAGAGCAUGCCAGACAUAACAGUGAAUAUUUAGCGUAUUUGAAGGCUCUGCAGUGUUCACUCGAAGAGGGUGAAGCCAUUGAAGAUGGUUCAGUCGCUGAAACAAAUGAAGAACAAAAGGGUGACCAAGUAGUAGCAGAGGAGGAUGUCGAAAUGGCAAGCUCUGCUGAGGACGGAGAAGACCCCAGCUCGUUCUCAGAAGAGAGCAACGCGAAGAGCGCUGGAAAAAGGUGGAAAGAGUAUAUUGGAGAUGUUACAGCUGACAUUGAUGCUUCUUAUACUAAGGUCAUGAAUCGCAUUGCAGAGGAACUUUGCGACAACAAGAAGAGACGCAUAUACUCACGGGGCUUCGUGUCACGGGAGGAAUUUGAAGCGCAGAUGACUGAGGUUGAGGAAUAUUACAUUAACGAGGAGGCACGAUUGCAGCAAUUGGAACGAGAAAAGGUGCUUGAAGCAAGGAAGGUGGCUGAAGCUAGAAAGGUGCAAGUAGAAACGGAGCAGUCGAUGAUUGCAGAGGAGUCUGGUGGCAAUAGCGGUAUAGCAGAGAACACAGCGGCAAUGUCGAAACCUGUUAUCUAUGAUGGUACCAACACUGCAAGCGUGUCAACAGCCCAGACGUUACCUUGUACCACAAGCACUGGCAUAGCUCCACCGAUCAAUGCUGUAAACGAUGCGCGAGAGUCCUUGCAACAGUAUCCGUGGCAAGCUUCAAUAACAUCCAUAGCAGCUCCAAUCGCAAUGCACUCGACUUCACUCCACCCCGUUGAACCCGUUGCAGGUGCACAUCCAUCAACUCCCAUACCGUCUGUACCAAUUGCAACCAUUGCAGCAGCAUUCAAAGCGACGUUUGAUAACACCUCAGCCACUAGUUUACCACCGUCUCCUCAAAACACUCAAAGCUUAGGUCUUGAUUGA